AUGCGUGUCCCGUCUUUCGAGGACACUUUCGCUACACCUCGCGAUACCACCGAAAUGCAGCAACCUCCGAAUGCGUUGUCGCUAAUGACUGGUGUCCAGCUAUGCCUCGCUCACUACUGUGACCAACAUGGCCCGACCCCGCUUAUGGUCACCGAAGGCUUGCCCGUCCCAUGCACGACAUGCUUCGAAGAUGGCGCCGCCAACUAUGCCGAUCAGGACCAACUCCGACCCCGGACAAGCGCCCCAACUGCGGCCACCUCGUCGCUGAACCAGACCGUCGCCAUGUCGGACGCCCUCCGCAAGAUGCAUCUGAAUUCCCACCGGAGUUCUUCAUUACCAGCUUCGGAGAACGAGGCCCAAACCGCCCGCGCCGCCGUGCUGCGCGCAUCCGCCACCGCAUCACCGGCUUCCCCUCUGUCGCCCUCCGCCAUCGAGACCCCACCAGACAGUCCCCGCCGGAUAUCGGAGCAACAGCAACCGCGACGAGACUCGAGUUUCCGCCGAACCUACGACGAAUACGUCACCAAGCGCGCCGGCCCCUGCGAGAACUGCGCGUUGACGCUCCCGCAGCGACAGGGUGCGAAGGACAAGAACGACUUCAAAGCCGAGCGGGGCCCGACAUUACGCACCCGCGCGCCCUACGCCAGAGUGUACGGCCAAACAUCGCCUCCGACAUCACAGGCGUCCUCCGCCAGCGACACCGACAGCGAAGGACACCCCGAGCGAGCGCAUCGGAGAGCGACCGGCUCGACCACGACAAGAUCAAGCAUGUCGUCGGGAAGAAACGCCGGACACACCCACUACCUCGACUACACCUCCACCCACGAGCCGUUGAUACCCUCCUCCUUCUCGAUCGUGCGAUCCUCCUGCCUCCGAACCCUCUCCCUCGAAACCCUCCCCCGCGCGCCGGCGAAUCCCACCCCGAGCGCCUCCCCGCAGUCGAGCACCAUGCCCGCCUUCGUCACAACCCACAGCGCCGGCUCAGCCGCCUCCGGCGGGCCCAUCUUCUUCGGCGACCCCAUGAACGGCUACACCACCGCCUACAUCUUCCGCAUACCCGACAUGCACGCCCGCGGCCACAAGCGCGUCUACGCCUUCCUCGCCCUGAGCACCCACAAGGAGCGCCUCGCCAUGAAGACCUUCGGCUUCAUGGCCGCCGCCUUCCGCGACCUCGCCGCCUGGAUUCAGAAGCUCGCCGAGGCCGAGGCCGAGAGGGUCGCCGAGGCCGCCAGCCCCAUCGGAGGAGGAGGCGGAGCAGGGGGAAUGCAGCACCACAGCACGUACCCGCCCAUGAGCGCGGCGCACGAGAGGGAGGGCCCGGACCGCGGCGGCAGCAGCUUCCUCACGGGCGGCGGCGGCUUCACGAGGCGGAUGGGCGGCGGGCCCGGCGGGGUGUCGCUUAGAGCGCGCGGCCUCGCCGAGCUCGUCGGCAUGCCCGACUUCUUCAUCGAGCUGCACGCCAAGUUCGUCAAGCUCAUGCUGGAGCUCGGCGUCGUUCUGAGCUCGUAA